CUUCUCUCUUCUCUCUUCUCUCCUCUCUCACACAAACUUCGUGGCUAAUAUAUUCCACCAAGAACACAACCAAAAAGCAUCCCUCUCGACACACACACUUCUCUCCUAAAACCAAAAAAUGGUGGCUGCAAGUCCCGGUGGCUCAAUGAAGAGCUUAACCAUCCAAAUCCUAACCGGAAGAUGGUUCAUGUUCUUUGGAAGUCUCUUAAUCAUGUCUACCGCUGGAGCCACUUACAUGUUUGGUAUCUACUCAGGCGAUAUCAAGAAAACCUUAGGCUACGACCAAACCACUCUUAAUCUCCUCAGUUUCUUCAAAGAUCUUGGAGCCAACGUUGGAGUCCUCGCUGGUCUACUCAAUGAGGUAACUCCACCUUGGUUCAUCCUCUUGAUCGGAGCCAUCCUUAACUUCUUUGGAUACUUCAUGAUUUGGCUCGCCGUCACGGAACGGAUCUCGAAACCUCAAGUUUGGCACAUGUGUCUCUACAUCUGCGUUGGAGCCAACUCCCAGUCAUUCGCUAAUACCGGAUCUCUCGUCACGUGCGUUAAGAACUUCCCGGAGUCACGUGGGGUUGUCUUGGGGAUUCUCAAGGGCUAUGUUGGUCUUAGUGGCGCCAUUAUUACACAGCUCUACCGUGCCUUUUAUGGUGAAGACACAAAAGAGCUCAUCUUGAUGAUUGGUUGGUUGCCCGCAAUAGUCUCGUUUGCGUUUUUGAGAACGAUAAGAAUAAUGAAAGUGAAGAGACAGACAAACGAACUAAAGGUGUUCUAUAACUUCCUCUACAUAUCACUCGGGCUUGCGACGUUUCUCAUGGUGGUCAUCAUCAUCAACAAACUCUCGGGCUUUACACAAAGCGAGUUUGGAGGUAGCGCCGCAGUGGUGAUCGUCUUGCUUCUUUUGCCCAUCAUAGUCGUCAUCUUGGAAGAGAAGAAGCUUUGGAGGGAGAAACAAGUCGCCUUAAACGAUCCAGCACCCAUCAAUGUCGUAACUGAGAAACCCAAGUUAGAUUCAUCAGAGUUCAAAGAUGAUGAUGAAGAGACAAAGGAGGAAGAGGAGAAGGUUAAAACAGCGUCGUGUUGGAGGACUGUGUUUAAUCCACCGGAGAGAGGAGAUGACUAUACAAUCUUGCAAGCGUUGUUUAGCGUAGACAUGUUGAUUUUGUUCUUAGCAACGAUAUGUGGUGUAGGAGGGACUUUGACGGCGAUAGACAAUUUGGGUCAAAUCGGAGACUCGUUGGGUUACCCAAAGAGAAGUGUAAGCACGUUUGUGUCACUCGUAAGCAUAUGGAAUUACUAUGGUCGUGUGGUUUCAGGUGUGGUCUCUGAGAUCUUCUUGAUCAAAUACAAAUUUCCAAGACCUCUAAUGCUCACAAUGGUCCUCCUCUUGUCCUGCGCUGGUCAUCUCCUCAUCGCUUUUAAUGUCCCUGGUGGACUCUAUGUCGCAUCGGUCAUCAUUGGGUUUUGUUUCGGUGCGCAAUGGCCGCUUCUAUUUGCUAUAAUAUCCGAGAUUUUCGGGCUUAAGUACUACUCGACGUUGUAUAACUUCGGGUCAGUCGCGAGCCCGAUCGGGUCUUACUUGCUAAACGUUCGGGUGGCAGGGUAUUUGUACGACGUGGAGGCGGGUAAACAAUAUAAGGCAUUAGGGAAAACGAGAGUAGAAGGGCAAGAUUUGAAUUGCAUAGGCACGUCUUGUUUUAAGUUGUCUUUUAUAAUAAUUACUGCGGUAACUUUGUUCGGUGUAUUGGUCUCGAUGGUUUUGGUGAUCCGGACCAAGAAGUUUUACAAGAGUGAUAUCUACAAAAAGUUUAGGGAAAAAGCGUUGGCUGCCGAGAUGGAGAUGGCAGCGCCGGCUGCGGCUAGAUCUACCGUGGCGGUGGAAGACAAGGAUGAUGUUAAAGGCAAAGUAAUAGGCAAAGGAGGGUAAAGUCUUUAGUAGAUGAUUGUUAAAGAUACUAGAUAACAAAAGAUGGUCAAGUAU